AUGUCGGCUUCCACGUUCAAGAACAAAAUCAGCAUCACACACAUCGGAACGGCUACCGCCAUCCUCGACAUCGAUGGCAUUACUUUCCUUACCGACCCCUUCUUCUCUCCAGCUGGUACCGAAUGGGAUGAUGUCGCAGCACUCAAAGUUCACGAUGACCCUGCUCUAAAGCUAGACGAGCUACCACACAUCGACGCCGUUCUCCUGAGUCACGAGAACCACCCCGAUAACCUCGACGAGUUUGGACGUCGACUCCUCGAUGGCCGUCACGUCGUAACAACCAACGAUGGCGCAAAAAACCUCGCACCGCGACCCAGUGUUCUCGGAUUCAGCGAUUGGCAGGAGAGGGAUGUUCGCAUCGCCGGGAAACCCUUCCACAUCACUGCUACACCCUGCAAGCACUGGCCCGGACAUGAGUGCGUCGGAUUCAUUGUACAUACUGAGGACUUUGGGGUCGCAGCCGAUGGCCGCCCGAAUGCUAUCUACUUUUCUGGCGACACGGUAUACAUCGAAGAGCUCGCAAAAAUCGCGGACAAGUACCAUAUCACUGUCGCCCUUAUGAAUUGCGGUAAAGCAACUUUCUACGAGUUCACCGACGAGGGCAAACCAGGUCAACCAGGCGAUGUUUUACAGAUCACCAUGGAUGGUCGACAGGCUGCUCACCUCCUUCGCGACCUUAAUGCGGAUGUUCUUGUUCCCAUGCAUUACGAGUCGUGGGACCACUUCAAACAAGGUGGAAAUGAGCUUGCACAGGAAUUCAAGGAGGAAGGUGUCUUGGAGAAGGUUCGUUGGUUGAAGCCUGGUAAGGCUGUAGAGAUCAACUGA